UUGUAAUCAUCAUGCUUGAAUUUCCCCUUUUGCUGAUAUCCAAUCCAGGCAGUAUUUCCUUUGUCUGCAUAUUGGUCCGGAUUUUCUUAAUCGAAAAAAAUAUACUAAAACGGGUAAAGGACCAGAAGACACUCCAAAGAUGCGUUCAAAAGCGACCUCAAAGUCAGCCAACCCCCCAGUGCCUGUUGGAAAGAGGGGAGCGCCGUCACAAAAUCACAAUGAUGGGCCAAAGGCAAAACGGCAAAAGUCACAUAUAGCCUCGAGCAGCAACCCGCCCAGACAAGUGCUAGAUGUAUAUGUCUUUGGCAGCGGCGCAAGCGGCGAGCUCGGGUUGGGUGUCGCGCCGACAGACAAGAAGAGAGAUCCGACCCUGGCGCGGUAUCCCACUCGCAACCACCUCCUCGACGCCGGCGACAAGACCGGCGUGAUCCAGGUUGCGGCGGGAGGCAUGCACGCCGCCGCGCUCACGAGGGACGGUAGGGUCCUGACCUGGGGCGUCAAUGACAACAAGGCCCUCGGUCGCGACACCAAGUGGGAGGAGCCCCCUGAAGGGCUUCCGGAUGACGUUGCCGACUUGAACCCGUUGGAGAGUAGCCCGUCUGCGGUGGUUUUUCCGGUUUCUGCUGGGCGGUUGUCCAUAAUCCAGGUGGCGGCGUGUGACAGUGCCACCUUUGCGCUCACUGACGACGGUCAAGUGUAUGGAUGGGGAUCCUUUCGAGGAAGUGAUGGACUGUUUGGCUUCCUCUACGACUCCAUCAAAGACAAGGCCAAACCCCGCCACGACGAGCUGCUACAGCCAGCCCCGGCUCUCAUCCCUGGACUUGCCGGCAUCAGAGAGCUAUCAUGUGGUGCGAACCACGUCCUGGCCCUGACACACACCGGAACGUUGUGGCUUGGGGUUCCGGCGAACAGGGAGAGCUGGGCCGGCGAAUACUCGAACGACCCGGUCGGGCUGCCCAAGAACAAAAUCGAACGUAUAUAUGCUGGCUUCCAUCACAAUUUCGCCGUAGAUAUAAGUGGCAACAUAUACGCCUGGGGGCUUAAUAACUAUGGCCAGGCAGGUAUACCGGCGAGCGAGGAGCAGCUGACUUUGCUCAAGCCCACCGUGGUGAUCGGCUUGAAGGCUUUUCGUAUCAAUCACAUGGCGGCAGGUUCGCACCACUCUUUGGCAUGUACCGAAGAUGGUCGGGUUCUUGCAUGGGGUCGGUGUGACGACGGCCAGGUGGGAGUUGCCCUGGACGAUAUCCCUCGAGACCGCUUGAGGUUCGAUUCGGCGCGGCGUCCUAGGAUUCUCAACAUACCAACUUUAGUCCCAGGUGUCGAUGAUGCUGUUUUUGUCGCUGCAGGUAUAGAUAAUUCCAUGGCAAUAUCUAAAGAUGGAAGACUGUUUGGCUGGGGAUUUUCGUCCGAGUAUAGGACCGGCUUGGGAACCGAGGACACAGUUGAGCAGCCUACUUCUGUUAAGCGCGGUGAUACUAUUGGAAAGGUUGUCUCUUUCAUGCCACCUUACCAAGCACCUCGAGUUGAUGUGGACGAGGACGAGGACAACAACGAAGACUACGAAAACGUGGACCGUCUGACGAGGGAAUAUGGCAAAAGGCCUCGUCGUCCUAUAUUGAUUGAUGACGAUGAAGUUGAAAUCAUCUCAGAUGACGAAGAAAACGACGGGGGUUUGGAACAUAUAGACCUGACCGGAGAUGACGAGGAUCACCAAGGCGGCGAGGGCCACGACUUUUCCAGGAACCCAGGUCUUCAGCCGCACCAAACCCGCCUUGAAAGCUAUCAUCGCGACGGCCUAAGAAUUUCCCCAUGUACUUUGGUGGAGUUGUACCAGAAGCUGCAGCCGUUCAACAUGGAGUUUUUGGAGGUCAAGGUGAUUUAUUCUCAGCCUGGAAACGGAGGGAGACAAGUAUUUGUCCGCGGGAUCCCGUACGCCCGAAACCGCUCGUUGAGGGCUAUGCUGGAACGAUACGGCAACGAGAUCUGUCAAAUCCUGGAGGUUGAUGACAACGACCCCCGUCAGCCACAAGAUCAAGCACUGGUCGAGAUCGAAUUUGCAGCCAUCAAGCGCGUUCGGAAAUUUACCAUAACAAAUACUCCAUACCCGCAAAACUCAUGCAAUCUGGCAGAUUUCAACGAGGACAAAGUAAAGGCUCAGCGCAUGGGAAGACUGGUUUGCCGGUGGAGGCAUACCAUCUACUAUCGUGACGCUGGUAGAAGGUCCAAGGAGAAGGCGCAUAGAUGGCGGCUAGAACAUUUCAACGAGACCGAUCUUCCCACAGCCGGGAAACAUGACAGUCUCAGCAUUAAAGGGUCCGACUUGGAAACAAUGAUGCGGUGGCGAGGAGGAAGAACCAAAGGAGGUUCAUAUUUCCCAGGCAACCGUCCGCCCACCAUUGACCUCUUAAACGAAGACAAACACAACAACCACAGCAAUAAACCAGCCCGGGGUCAAAGAUACAUCUUUGGGACAUGUUCUGUGGUGCAGGAGGCGCUUCUCAAGGCGCCCGGGCAGCAGGCUUCCGGUUGGGUUACGCCGUUGAACACUGGAACCAUGCAGCCGCCACGUACCGUCACAACUUCCCUGAAGUUCGUUGAUGUUCUACAUCUGUCACCUCCAUGUCAAUAUUGGUCACCCGCAAAGACUCGUCCGGGCAAAAACGACGAGAUCAACAUGGCCGCCUUGUUUGCAUGUGGAGAUGUCGUCAACAAACUGCGUCCUAGACUCUUUACCCUGGAGCAGACGUUUGGCAUCUUGCGAGAGAUGCAUAGACCCUACUUCAGCAAGCUCAUACAGAGCUUUAGUACUUUACGGUACAGCCUCGAAUGGGGUAUUGUGCACCUACAGGAUUGGGGUGUUCCUCAGCCGAGGAAGAGACUAGUAAUGAUCGGAUCUUGCCCCGGCGAGGUAUUGCCUACGCUUCCUCCCGCAUCUCACGGAAACGCCCCUGGACUCCGGCCGUUUACUACAGUCAACAACGUCCUUGCCAACAUCCCGCGCGGCGCACAACUGCACGAUGUUCAAAAGGCCGAACGUCUGGGGGCCGCUGGAGCACCCUGGGACGGUAACACGAUACUUCGGGAGACUCUGUGCUGUGGCCGUGGCAAGAUGUGCCACCCAAGUGGUCGGCGGCUUUUCACCGAGAGAGAGUUGGCCGGGCUUCAGGGCUUUCCUCACUUUUUCGAAUUUCAGGGAAGCAGCGUCAUCAAGCAGAUUGGAAAUGCUUUCCCACCUUCGGCUGUAGAGCACCUUUACAAACAUCUCCUCGACCACCUGCGCAAGGUUGACGGUGUGGCUACGAGUGCGAGUCCGGUUGCUAGCACUCAGACCCGGCCUGCACGGCACCAUGUCGCGAUGGCAGUACGUCCUCGGAGGAACGAAGUUGUCACCAUUGAAGAUAGCGACAACGAGAGCACCUCCAGCUCUGUCGUCAUUUGUGACAGGCAGGAGUCCCCUAUCAUCAUCAACAACAACAACAACAACAACAACAACAACAACAACAACAACAACAACAACAACAACAACAACAACAACAACAACAACAACAACACACCACAGCGCCGGGCCUUGAUGCUUCCACGCUAUCCCGAGAGCAUGGUCGUUUGUGGAGAUGAAGACGACGAGCCUGAAGACUACGAUCCUGAAGACUCGGGCAGUGACGUAACAAUGGACGGCGAAGAGGUUCCCUUUGCUGAGUUUCUGGCUCGCCGCCAAUCUGGGGCUGCAAACCAAUAA